AUGCUUUCGACUCGCGGAGAAAGAUAUGUCGAGGCCGGCUUGGCCGAUGGCUACCUUGGCCCUCCCAAGAUGCACUUUGACAAAGAUACCAAGCAGGGUAUUGUAUCUUUCAGCAACGCUGAAAAUUUCAUUAUGCAAGACACAAUGCUUGAAUACAUCCGCACGAAGGUAUCAUCAAGCCUCGACCACACAACUCUCACCUAUCAUGAAGGCCCCUUCGGCUCAAGCCGCCUUCGAACCGCCAUGGCCAAUCUAAUUACAACCUACUUUCAUCCCGCUACCCCGAUUUCACCUAACAACAUCGUUUUCGCAAAUGGCGUGACGAGCCUCAACGCCAUCUGUGCUUCCAGUCUAACCAACCCGGGCGACGGGAUUCUGCUAGGCCAACCCAUCUACGGGUCCUUCGCGGGAGAUCUCCGCGUCCCCUCCAACUGCCAACUGGUUUAUGUCCCCUUCCACGGGGACGAUCCAUUUAGCCCAGAUGCCGUGGCUCGGUAUGAGAAGACAUUCUUACAAGCAUGCGACGAGACCGGUGUAACAAUACGGGCCCUCCUGAUCUGUAACCCGCACAACCCGCUCGGCCGGUGCUACUCUCGUGAGACUCUGGAGGCACUACUGCGGUUCUGUCAGAAGUAUCAGAUCCAUCUCAUCAGCGAUGAAGUGUAUGCGCUAUCGGUGUACGGGAAUGAUGAUUCCACUGGCUUUGUUUCCGUUCUGUCAAUCGACCCCGUUCCGCUCGGGGUGGAUCCGGCCUUAAUCCAUGUGCUGUAUGGGAUGUCGAAGGAUUUCGCUGCAGCAGGGUUACGGCUGGGAAGCUUGAUCAGCCAGAAUCAGAGGCUCUUACAAGCGGCUUUGUCGAUGAGUCGAUUCCAUUGGCCUUCGAAUAUAUCCUGCAGUAUUGCAACCGCCGUUCUCGAGGACAGAGACUUUGUGGAGACCUUUCUUCAGAAAAGCCGUCAAUUACUUCGUUCACACCGGGAUUUAGCUGCACAAGCUUUGGAGGAGGCAGGGAUCCCUUUUGCACAAGGCAGUAUUGCAGGGUUUUUUCUCUGGAUUGACCUUUCCAAGUGUUUGGAUAUCACCAUUGUCACUAGUCAAGGGAAAUGGGCUGCAGAGUGGGAUUUGUCCCGCCGGCUGCAGCAGAUUGGGGUGGUGAUGUCGUCGGGGUAUGCAUAUCAUAAUGAGGUUGCAGGCUGGUUCCGUGUCAUCUUCUCGGUGGAAGUGGAGAGCCUGAAGAUGGGUUUAGCAAGGAUUAUAGAGUUUUAUAGCAGCUCGGGGAAUACGGGAAUUUAA